CAAAAAUGGAAAGCACAUGAAAACGAACAACUCAUCACUGUAGAAAGCCACUCACUCUCUUUUUACCGUACUGUGCCUGCCGUGCCAUACCUGCGUUGUCUUCGGCCUUUGGCAAUCGUCGAUUUCUUGGCUUGUUUUCUUCUACUCAUUCUUUAUUACUGCGGGAUCCCGCCUUUUGAAGCCUUUACAGCGCGUCUGAUUUGACGCACCUCCUGCAUCAAACGAACCUGGGAAGGGGGUCAUCCCGUCAUCCCGUCUCGGACUGUGAUACCUCGAGGUAACUCACAAUCACCUUAACUACCUUACCUACUUAGGUACACCUACCCAAGUUGUAAUCAUCUUCAUCAUUCAUCCAUCACAAGAAAGCAUCCUUUACCCCCGCAAACUUCCAUACCUCAGGGCUCUAUACUAUUCUUCGGUCGCCCUGAAUCUCUUCUUUUUGGACUCAGAUCCACAACUGUAGCCUCAGAAAUCGCCAAACUGCAUAGACCAGCUCACGGACCACGUCAAGUCGAGUUGAUCGCUCGUCAAAUUAUCAAAUUCAAAGCAGCUUGAUAGGCUUUUUGUCUCCUCACUCUUUCACCCUCAGUCUGCUACAACUGUCGUAUCGUCUUUGUCGAGGGGGCCCUUACUCAUCAUGUCUCUGGAUCUUGAACAGCACCUCACCUUUUAUGGUGCUUACCACCAUAACUCGGUUAAUGUCGCCAUCCACAUGGUUUGCGUUCCCCUCAUCCUCUUAUCGGGGUUCUGUAUGGUUCGUCUCAUUAUGUCCUCGCCGGCUUAUGCAUGUUGCGUUGCUCUGCAUCUGCUUUCUACCUAGUACUCCAUCUAACAUUUCUCCAGGCUACAUACACCGGCACUCUCAUUCCUACACCAUCUUGGAUUACUCCCCCUUAUCUGGACCUCAACCUUGGUGUCAUUGGUGCCAGCCUUUAUUCCUUGCUCUAUCUGCUCUUAGAGCCCUUUGCGGGCUUCCUUCUGGCUCUUUUCUGCAUGGGAGGUGCAGCACUUGGCAACUACCUCCAUCAGCAAAACCCUGACACAACUUUCCAAGGUGCUCUGGCUAUCCAUAUUGUCUGCUGGAUCUUCCAGUUUAUUGGUCAUGGUAAAUAUGAAGGGCGUGCCCCUGCUUUGCUCGACAACCUCAUCCAGGCCGUCUUCCUUGCCCCUAUGUUUGUGUGGCUUGAGAUACUCUUCAAGUUUGGAUACCGACCAGAGCUCCGAUCUCGUGUCAACAAGAAAGUCCAGGUCGAGAUUGAGAAGUUCAAGUCAAAGAACGGCAAGACCCAAUAGAGCAAUCAUCUCAACCUAAUCUACUUCCCUGAUCUUGAGCAUAUAAGAUGGUCCUUCAGACGACCAAUGCUCCGGGUACUGUGUUGUAGAACCAGCUUCAACAUCGAGACAAAACACGUUCUGACGUGUGCCAACUUGCAUUUCAGAUACCAUCAAUCGAUGAUCAGUAGCGAGCACCCAAUCUAUCGUCAUUGGGCCUCAUUGCACGGAAUACGACAGUAUUCUUUUUGCUGCCGCGGGGACGAAGGUGGCAUUGGUGAUCUCACCCCUUUUGUUUACUCGCGCACUUGAUGUUCCUGAGAGCAGAUUCGUUUGCUUACACGACCGUUAGGCUGUCCUGAGACUCAUAUGAAAUCGGCACGUAAAAUACAAGGAGAAGUUCAGGGGGUGAAUCGGUCCAGGUAACCGUCUCAGCAUCAUAUGGAGUGUAUGGAGUUGUUUCAUUUGCAAUUAAAUAACAGUUAACAUCAAGCAUGUAGUAAAUUCGUCAAUAAAUUCGUAUCAUUUAUCAAUAGGCAUUAUUGAUAGUAUAUUUAUCCAGGAAC